GCUGGAGCCCUGGCAAUGGCAGAACAUAAAGAGGACAAGGCAGCGAUGGCCAAGACAAACCAAGACACACCUCUAAUGGCGAAACAGGCAAAGCCUUUGGCGCAGCCGCAAUGGACUUGGCGUCUAAAGCUUACAGGCUUUGGCACAACGCUGGCUACAGCGCUGCCUGGCGGCUACUGCGUGGGCGUGGUCAACAGUCCAGCGGUGCACAUGCGCGCCUGGUGUUUGGCCUGCAUGAAGUCGCAGCAUGGUUUGGAUCUAAGUGCAGGCGCGCUGGAGCUGCUUUGGUCCAGCGUUGUAUCCAUUUAUUUAGUAGGCGGCGCUUUGGGCUCGCUGAUGGGUGCUAGCAUAGCCAACAAAUGCGGACGACGUGGCGCUUUCUAUAUCAAUGGACUGCUGCUGGCACUGGGCGUUGUUUGCUUCAGCAGCUGCCGCGCGCUGGAGUCUGUGCCACUGCUGCUGCUGGGUCGGCUGCUCACUGGACUGGCCACAGGCUUAACCAUUGCCUUUCUCACACUGUAUCACACCGAGCUGACUGCGCUGCCACAGCGCAGCAGCAUUGCGCCGCUUUGUGGCAUGGGCUUAACCGCAGGCGUUGUUGUCGCCCAAAUCUUCAGCUUGCAGUCAAUAUUUGGCGGUGAGCAGCAUUGGCACAUAGCCUUGUCCUUCUAUGGCGUAUUUAUGCUGCUAGGCUUUGCGCCAUUUCGAUUGUAUCCUGAAAGUCCCAAGUGGUUAUUUAUAGUCAAGGCGCGCAAGCUGCAGGCGGCGCAGUCAUUGCAGCUGCUGCGUGGCUAUGCCGCAGAUAGCGAAGCUCUAAAUGCGGAGCUACAAGCGCUGGAACAGGAGGCGAGUGUCAAGAGCAAGCCAAGCAGCUUUAUGCAGCUGCUGCGUAAUCCAAAGUUACAUUUGCCUCUGAUUCUAGUCUGUGCUUAUCUGGGUGGCCAACAGCUGUCCGGCAUUAAUGCAAUUUUCUAUUACUCCGUCUCCAUCUUUCGUCAGGCUGGCCUUAGCGCUCAAGCUGCGGAAUGGGCCAACCUAGGCGCCGGCUCUGUUAAUCUUGCAGUUUCGCUGCUGGGCCCAAUGCUCAUGGCACGCGUCAAUCGCCGCCCCUUAAUGCUCGUGUCCUGCGGCUUUUGCGCUCUAUUUCUGUUUCUGUUUGCCAUGCUGCUGCAUUUUAUUGACAGCUGCAGUUGGUUCGCCUUGGGCUGCAUUGCCUGCAUCUUCCUGUACAUAUUCUUCUUUCAGCUGGGUCUGGGUCCGCUGCCUUUCUUCAUAGGCGCUGAGCUAUUUGAGCUGUCUCCACGUCCCGCUGCCAUGUCCUUGGGCAGCGUCGUCUACUGGCUUUGCAAUCUGCUCAUAGGCAUGGCAUUCCCAGCGCUGCAGCAGGCCUGGGGUGCUUUGGUCUUCCUGCCUUUCUCCAUCAACUGCGUGCUGCUGUUUCUGCUCACCCAGCGCUAUUUGCCAGAGACGCGCGGUUGCGAACCCGCCGAUGUAGCGCCGCUAGUUGCCGCGGGCUUUAAAUCAAAGCGCAGCAGACAGUGAUUAGACUUUAAUUAAGCUUGUAUUUUAUUUAAAUAAAUACGCGCUGAUUACGACGCCUC